AUGGCCGCUGAACUCGAGAAGAUACCACCCGAAGAAAAGAAACCCGCCAACUUCGCGACCCUUCCUGCGGAAAUUCUUUCGAUCAUCUACACCCACCUCACCCACUCCACCGAUCAUGAGGAAUACGAAGACUAUAGAUCCUAUAUCUCAUCCGCACAAAUCACUCCUCGAAUCUACGAAAUAGCCCUGGACGCGUGGUUCACUAAUUUCGUCUUCGAAAUCGAUAUUCCAUCCCGCGGCAGCACCGUCAUUCCACCCACGUACGCGAGGAACCCCCUGUUCUAUUUUCGCAAACACACAUGGGAAUGUGACGGUGAUGAGUUCUGGAAUUCUACAUUUGUGAAGUACGUGAAGCACUUGCACCUGACCGUCGUGAUUGGGAGGGCAAGGGAGAAGAAGGUUGAAGUUUUGAUAUCUAAAAUCGGAGAGUUGGUGCAGGGAAUGGGGAACUUGAAAGAGGUGACUUUGAAAGAGAGAAAGGUUCCGAAGAAUCUUGUUGCGAAAUUGAGGGAAGGGGUUACACGGUUGGCGGAGGGAAAGCCGGGGCUUGUUGUUCAUGCUGGCGAGGAAGUGGAUGAACAGCAGAGGAGGGCAUUUCUGGCGCUAUUUCAACGUCAUGCACUCUAG